AUGAAGCCCGAGAAGCCAAUUUCUUUAAAUUCUCUUAGUACAAACUUUGAGGAGGAUGAACAGGAAAUGGAGACCGCCUCUUUCAUCAAAGAACCCCCUUCUAUGCAUGUAGCACCCAUUACCUCAAACCUAACCACGACUUUCAAUUACCCCACUUCUAGAACACCCACUAUUUGCAGAGACUGCAGUGUUGACACAAGGAUUUUAACUCGAGACUGUGCUUGUUCACCUAUUCCAUUCUCCGAAAUAGCAGAAGACUCCUCUGAAAUUGGCGAGCAUUCUGAUGCUGACGGUUUGGAGUUAGAUGAUGAAGGUGUCUACUUCGCUCAUGACUAUCCUGAUCUUGUAUCCCAUCCGGAUGAUACCGACUAUGGAGAUAUCAGUGACAUGGAGCUUCAGGUGGCCUCCCAGAAGUCAGCUGACCACCCGGUAGAACAAGAAGAGAUACAGCAAAGAGGUGAAGGCUUUUCCAACCUUGUAUCCAUCAUAAAAGGUAUCUCCGAUGAUCUCCUUCAGUUAGAAUCAGGCUGUCAAGAGUUGAUCCAACGUGUACAUGUGAAUAGACUUGACUUGGAUCGGGUGAACGAAAGUCUGAGCUAUGUGUGGAAUUACAAGGAUACUGAAGAGAGGAUGGAGAGAUCUUGGAGUGAAGCAUAUAGUAGCAACGUGCCCUCUCAUCGGUAUACGCCAAUGGGAACGUCAUUCAUAUCUACAACGGGCUCCUGCUGUGCUUGCAACUGCCACUCCCCAAAAAAGGAACCAAAUCGCCUGUCUAUCCCCGAGCCCGAUACACUUUAUCUUCCUGAGCCGGCUGCCUCUGGAAUUGGACAAUAUGCUAGUGAAACGUCCGAACUCUAUAGGCUGGAAUGA